GAAAAUUUCAGUCUCUGUCCUUUGGGCUAAAAGAUUGAACAGCACGAAGCAUGUCUGUUUAUUAAACACAUGACAAUUUUGAAAUGUCAAUCUCUCUAAUUAAUAAAGACACUGUUGUAAGAGUCAGCUCAGUGUUGAAUAAGUAUUCUAAACAGUAUGGAAAACAGUAUAUUACUGAUAAAUGUGAUGAUACUUGCUGGAAUUCUGAUCAAGGUAGUCCACAGUGGAUUCAGUUAGAUUUUCCUAGACUAGUCUCACUAGAAGAGCUGCAUAUCCAAUUCCAAGGAGGAUUUGCUGGAAAAGAGAGUUGGAUUGAAAUCAGAGAUGGUGAUGAUAUGGGAAAAGUUCAGUCUAUUUAUCCUGAGGAUAAUAAUUCUUUGCAAAUAUUCUCAUUGCCAAAAAAAUGUACUAAUUGCUUAAGAGUUGUGUUUAACAGCAGCACAGAUUUUUUUGGUAGAGUAAUAGUAUACAAAUUGGACAUUAUAGGAAAUUAUAUAUAAAAUGUUAUGUAUUUUUUAAUAAAACUGUUCUUCAUUAACAUU